AAGUUCCGGGGAGCACUUGAAAGCAGCACCAACAAGUACAGCUCGCUUAUCGUCAGAGCGGUGGUUCACAAAGAUGGAGGACUACACAGCUAAGCAAGGGAUCGAAAACCUCGACGACCCUCCAAACAGCCGCCUGUUUGUGGUCACAAGUCGAGCCAUGACUGAAGAUGCGCUGCGAGACAGUUUCUCCGUGUUCGGUGAAAUUCAGGGCGUGUGGGUCGUCAAAGACAAGCAGACAAAGGAAUCCAAGGGAGUCUGCUACGUGAAGUUCGCCAAAUCUUCUCAUGCCUGCUUGGCUAUGGAGGAAAUGCACGGCAAAGUGCUGGUGGAAGGAACCAAACCCGUCAAGGUAUUCAUUGCCCAGUCACGGUCUUCAAAUAGGCACAGAGAUGUGGAGGAUGAAGAACUCACCAGAAUCUUUGUAAUGAUCCCCAAAACCUUCACAGAGGAUGAUCUCAAAGACACAUUUAAAGAAUAUGGUGAUAUUGAAUAUUGUGUGAUCAUUAAGAACAAGUUCACAGGGGAAAGUAAAGGUUUGGGCUACGUCAGAUACUACAAACCCUCGCAGGCUGCUGUCGCUAUAGAGAACUGUGACAAAACUUACAGAGCCAUCCUGGCUGAACCUCGGACCAAGAACACAGUGACGGAAGAUUACUCUUCUGGACCGCCCAGGGGAGAUUACAUGGGUGGUAACGACUCCAACAACCAGUACGCACUCCCGGCACUCCCUUCACUCCCAGCACUCCCUAUGGCCGAUCCCGGGAACUACCCGGUCAUGGACUAUCGCUCCACUGAUUACACACGGUGCCUGAUGAUGUCAACGCGGGCUGCGAUGACUCAAGAGCAGAUCUUUGCUCUGUUUGACAUCAUUCCUGGGAUGGAGUACUGUGAACUACAGAGAGACUCUUAUGGAAUGAGCAAAGGUCACGCAUUGAUUCGUUAUGGUAAUCUGGGAUCAGCAGUUUAUGCCAAGGACAAGCUGAAUGGCUUUGAAUAUCCACCUGGAAACAGACUGGUAGUAACUUUUGUUGACGACGGAGAGGACCGCAGCAGUCCCGUAGGACGGAUGGCCAUGCAGUUUGUGGCGACUCAGAUGAUGUCCUCGGCGUGGAACGGACCUUCAAACAAUCAAGGGAUGAAACCACCCCCUUUUGCCCCUCCCGCUCCAAUGUCUCGGGUUCAGACCGACGUCAGCCUCCCUCCGCACAAGAAGCUGGCUGCACCUGACAGUAAAUCCAAGGAGCGCUUGUUCAUCGUGUUCAGCCCCUCCCCGCUGCCCCCGGACAUACUGGAAGAUGUCUUCUGCCGCUAUGGUUCGCUCAUCGAGGUCCACCUGGUUCCGGGCAGGAAAGUGGGCUACAUAAAGUAUGCAGACAAACAGUGCGCAGACGACGCCAUGGCGGCGCUCCACGGUCGGGUCGUCAACGGGGUAAAGAUGAAGGUGAUGCUCGCCGAUCCUCCCCGAGAGGAAUCGCACAAACGUCCUCGUACCUAUUAGGACCACGAGACGAUAAAUGUGCGCGGAGUUGCCCCCUGGUGGCCAUUCAAUAUAUUCUUACUUGUGGGUUAUCAUCAGACGUCAAACAGACAGAAAGCAUCCAUUUUUUUAUAUACGGUCUAUGUUUGUUACACGUAUUGUUUGUAUAAACACACACUAUAGAUUUAUAGCUAUUUUUCUUCAGUAGUUGGCUGUAGGCGACUGGACUUGCUUGAGUUGAGUUCAACAAUAAUGCAGAAAUUGUCCACUUAAGGCAGUUUAAGUCAAAGUUUUAUCAAAAAAGAAAUAAAAUAUUCAUUUGAAACUCCAAACAAUGUCCUUACUAAAAUCACAGUUAGUCAGUCAUGUGAUGUGUUGGGACUUCACGUCUUUUAUUAUUCAGUAAUUCUUUGUGUAAUGUAAUGUAAUUUAUUUUUCAAGACAGGAACAAUGCACAAUAAAACCUUAAUCUUAAAGAGAAUAUGCAGUGUGUGUAUUAAGAUGCCGUUUCACUUCAUAUAUGAGACAGUUGAGUGUCCACUAGGGGUGGGAAUCACAGAGUACCUCACAAUGCGAUACAUGGUCCACGAUACCAGUAAUAUCUUGAUACAACGAUUCCGUGAUGAUCAAUAUAUUGCAGUACAAUAAUAUAGCAGUGCAUCACAAUAAUUGUCUAACUGAAAAAAAGUCCAUGUAUGUAACGUGGAUGGAGCAUCUCUUGACGUAGCUUUCCCCGCCAUCAUCCCACCGUAAACUCCCUCGUCUUCGGGCCAGAUAACUUGCGCCCACGUUUCCCUCAUUCACCGGGUAGCGACGUGUUAACUGUUCAUUUUAGAGCGCCUAUCGAUGAUUGUAUUGCGUGUUAAAGGACAACGAUAUAUCGAUAUUUUGACCCACCCCUAGUGUCCGCCUGCAUGUCUUCCACACACCUGUCAGUAUUGUGAUCCUCAGCCUAACAUCAACAAGUUUCUAAUGAUACUUGAGUUGUUUCUCUCCCCGUGAAUAACACUGCAGCUUCUUGUUCCCUAGGCGACUGUUGUCAUGACACAAUGACACCUGACCUGACAGACCCGACCGACAUCAACACCUGCUCCUGACCCCUGACACGAACUUUGACCACCUGUCUGACCUUACUUCUGGUCAGUGACCUUGCUGUGACUCACUGGUACAAUAGGUCUGUGAACAGCAUCAUCACAUCCAGUGUAGUGUGUUUGUGGUCCCUUUAGGUGAUUUUAUGCUUCUUUCCUUUAGCCUUGACUCUUGUUUUGGCUCCAAACAGCCCGACUAGCCCGUGUACAGCAGCAGUGCCCCUUCAUUUCUCAACUGACACCUGCUUAAACAUUUCAUUUCUAGUGUAUGUCUAGAGCUUCUUUUUAAAAAAUCGGCAGAAGCUGCAAUCUGAUCACGAGUUAUAACAACAAGCAUGAUGUAUAAUGCUGAAUUUAGACAGUUAGGUGUCUUUGCCCUCCUUUUCCUUCUCUUAAUUGCUUUGCCGUUUUUAUCUCAUGUUGAGCUCAGUCCAACUGUUUCUUAAUCUGAAACUGUACAUGUCUUUUUGUCUCAGUGAAAAUAAACGUUGGGUUCAAACACCA